AUGACUUCCGGCUCUACUUCCCUUCCCUCUGCUCCCCGAGUUGAGCUGAAUCCCCGCGUUGUUUUACAGCCCCCGCUUUCCCGCUGUGGCCAUGGACCGGGGCUGAUACUUAUCCGGCCGAGUCAUUUCGCAGAAUGUCAGGGGAAGAACCAAAGUUUAGAUCCGGAGCCUCUGCAGAAAUGGGCUGAGGAGAGCUACGCGAUAGUCCAGAUUAGUCUUGAUGCGGAAUCCAGUGGUGACGAGGAUUGUGUACUUGAUCUUGUCAAGACAGCGAUCGAGAGCCUUAAUUCACUCCGGGAGUGUGAUAAGAAGGAUCAAUUCGGCUUACUAGUCUACGGUUCCCAAGCUGGUUAUGCACCGGGGUUUGUGAAGAUCCUGGAUGCAGUCGUAGCCGCUGGUAUAGCAGCGGUGGUAUAUUUCGGGAGUUGGGAUACGCUCCCUGAGACUCCUGCCUUGGUACACAUGCCUGGAGUUAGCAAUGGGAUCCAGGAAACAGAAAGCCGCACUGUGUAUUCGUACCCUGACGUCUCGUCGGCCGGCUUCAUUGUACCCGGUCAUGCGGAUUUCAAGUACUCGACGGCAGGAGUAGCGCAUACCCGGUCAUUGAGCUUCUUGAAGAAGCACUUAGAUGGGCCUUACUUUAAUCUCGAGAAGAUCUGGGAGGAGCAUACCUAUUACGAAUUCGGAGACCGAUCAGUAGAGAAGACCAUGGCGACAAUGGUCCAGGAGCCCUAUGUGAAUCAUGUUCCGACUAUGACGGGUGGGAUUGGCCGUGCGCGACUGAGCAAUUUCUACCUGAAUCAUUUCAUCUUCAAUAAUCCCGAUGACACAGCCCUGGAGCUGAUCAGUCGCACGGUCGGUAUCGACCGCGUCGUGGACGAGUUCAUAUUCUCCCUCACACAUAACAAGGAGAUCGACUGGCUUAUUCCCGGCAUCCCACCAACCGGAAAGCCUCUCCGCAUACCAUUCACAUCAGUGGUGAAUAUCCGCGGGGAUCGUCUAUACCACGAGCACAUAGCAUGGGAUCAGGCGACGGUCCUCGUGCAACUGGGCCUGAUGCCAGAAUACCUCCCAUACCCUUAUGCUUUGCCCGACGGCAGGCUCCCAGGCCCGGGGAAGAGAUUCGAGUAUCGAGUCCCUGCGGCCGGUGUGGAAACUGCGGAGAAGUUGGAGAACGAACACAAGAUCCCUUCAAAUCAGAUGUUUGAGUAUAAGAUCCGAGAGGUUGAUGAUAAAUAG